AUCUUCCUUGACGACAGGCUACGACUCUGUCGAAUAUGAUAGAGAAUACCGCACAAUGCUCCCCUCCUAUUCUCUGCACAAAGUUUCUCUUCUAAAUGCUCCUUCCUUCACAGAGCAACAAACUCCCUCCCUCCCUCCCGAAGUCUCUUCCAUCUCACGAAUCGCUCGUCGUCCUCCCUUUCCCACGAUACGGGAACUCUGGCUUCAGCUCCCUCACGACCAACCUCGCGGCUCAACGCAGCAAUGCUAUGAUCUUCUUCUUCACUCGAGCACAGCGCAUGAGGCAGCUGCAUCUCUGCUUCGGGUAAGAAGACAGGCUUCUGAUCCCCUCAUUUCCUCUUCCCGACUAUCUCCAAUUUCUUCACCUAUCUGAAUCUCUCGAUUCAUCUCCUCUUUGCUUGACUCGCCUAUAUUACUUCAAUUUUCUCAUAUCCUCUCCUUGAUUACAGAAAAAGGGACAUUACAGUAUUCCCCACUUACCAAAAUUUCAUUCUCAAAUUAAAAAACAGAUCUCAAGUCAUAUCUCAUUAAGCAGGUCAA